CUUUUUAAUACUUUUCUCGUUCGCCCAAUUCGCCAUGAUCUUUCGCUCCGGACUCUAAAGCUAUCUUUCUCCACUUCCCAUCUUCUACGAUUGACUACGAAGCUUCAAGUCUCAAGUUUCUAAGUAACGAUCUCCCAUUGAAUAACCCUUUUCAAUCUCUCUGCCACCAGCCAGUUGGAGCGGAUUUCUCACUCCCAGAUGGCAAACCAGUGAAAGCAUAUUCAGAGUUCAUCGCUCUCCGACAGACCCAUAUUCAGCCAUCAAUACCCGGUAAACAGAAAAUAUCAGACGUAAGCGAUGGUCUUUGCCGCCUGCCGGUAAUAAAAACUCACGUGCCUUCACGUGACUAAUAACUUAUCCACAAAACAUUACCGGAAGCUUUAACGAAGCCCAGCGACGAAAGACUUGGACGAAGGAGAAGGAGCGCAGCGACUAAGCUUGGACGAACGAGAAGAGAAACAUUCCCGAUAAAGACCUUCAGUGGAUCAGCUUCUUCGACAUCGAACUCCAUUACAGUCUGUCUACAAUCUGGCAUCAUUUGGUGAAAUAUAAAGGAAAGCGAAAAGUUUGAAAUAACAAGACAAAGUCAUCUAACAGAAGCUUUCAGGCAAUCAUCUGGUGUGGGAUGGAGUCGAAUUUGAGACAUGCAUUAAUACUACUUUAUCUAACUGUAUUUCCCAUGAUUAUAAGUGUGAGGGCCUGGACCGGUGCUAUCUAUGGUCGAGUCGUGUGUGAUGUAUGCAGAGAUUCUUCUAUUGGCCCGGAAGACCAUGUUCUGGAAGGAGCAGAGGUUGCUGUUCUUUGCUUAACAAAGACCGGUGAAGUUGUAAAUUAUCAAGCAUUCACGGACUCGAACGGGAUAUACAGAGUAGCAGAAAGUAUGCCAGAGAGUGAUCGGUGGGAUACAUGCUUGGCUAGACCCAUAAGCAGCUUCCAUGAUCACUGUACACACCUCAGAGAAGGCACCAGCUCGGGCAUUAAGUUCAGAUACAACCAUCGAUCUGGCUAUUCCCAUACGCUCAGACCAUUCGUUUAUCGGCCAGCCUCUCUCCCAACUUACUGCACAUGAUGAUUCUCAUUUCUUCUUGCCAUAGCUUGGUUUGGGUGAUCGUUGGGGAGGUGGAUCAAGAGCUGCUGGCAUCGGUGUGUUUCAAUAUAAUGAACCAAAUCUAAUGAUAAUAAAUUUUGAAUUGAUACCAAUAUUGACAUCUUUAUUCAUUUUUUCCAAUCAAGGUGAGCAUACAGUUGAACCUCCAACACGUACACGAG